ACAGAGACAUUGUAGGAAAUUUAUCAAAAUAAAUUUAACCAAAAAACAAUAGGAUAAAAGACUUUAAAUUUUAACACCUUGUACAACCGUUCCUCACGGUAUUCAAGUCUGCAAAUUAUUUUGUAAAAGCAUUCCUGUACUCACAAAAAUUUCAUUGUUUUCACAACCGUCUACGGAUUUAUCUGAACAUGACAAGAAGCAAUGACUGGUCGUCAAAAGACACCUACUCGUCCAUGUCAUUUGAUCGUCAUUAAAAAAAAAUACAAAUAGUUUUUUGUUUUAAAAAAUGUGCCUUUAAAGUUUACCAUACAAAUAAGAAAAGAUCUUAAAGACUUUAAAUAUUUUCAAAUAUAAAAUGCAGAAGGCUAAAGUUUCAAAGCUUCAAUGACUUUUCUGUGCCCUUAUGUUGAAAAGUCCUGCUGCUCGUGCCUAGAGCUGACAAAAGUAUCUGUCAAAUUUAGGAAGUUGUACUUUUUAUGAUGCAACAAUUCUAAAAGUGAAUAAAAUUGGAAAUCAAAGAGUAAUCACAUUUCCUUCUUACAAAGGAAGUCCGUAAUGCGGAAGUAUAGAAUUAUUUUUAAUAUUUUAUAUUGUAAAAAUAAAUAAAUAUAUUUUCAAAAGUUAUAAAGUAGUUUUUUUUAAUAAUGAGUCGAAGCUAUCAAGACGAAGCUUACUGGCAAGAAAGAAUAAGAAGUGAAACAAUAGAACUUCGCAAAACACAGCAUAUGCAGGGCAGUGGAGUGUCUAUCGUAUUUGUUUUGGAUGCAUCAGAGAGUAUGAAAGGCGAAGGAUUUUUGGAGAUGAGGGACGCGUUUGUAUCGAUCAUUGAAGACUUUUAUCGUCAUCCUGAAUUUGAUCAUAAUGUUGCUGUCAUUCAGUUUGGAAGGGAUGUCAAAUAUCUACAUUAUUUCUCCAACAACUACUUGUCUUUAAAGCACGUUUUAGAUGGUAUUACUUGUGAAGGACCAUCAACUAUUAUGGAGGGACUUACCUUGUCAAUUUCUGCCCUAGAUGAUGGAAAUAGAUUGGCCAGUGUUGGACCAUUUACCAACAGGGCUAGAUUGGUUUUCAUUUCGAAUGGCAAUACGAAGAAUGUACAUGUAAAUCAGUUGGGCGAAGAAGAUGGAUAUUUAGCCGCUAUAUCUAGAAGUGAACAGGCAAAAGAGCAUAUCUCAAACCUUGCCAAGAGAAUAGGAAAUGCAAACCCAAUUUUCUGUAUUCCCGUCGGAAAAGAGCCAGAUGUUUGUUUACUUGGAGCAAUUGCGUAUGGAUCCAAAGGCGGAAAACUCGUACAGCACAAAGAAGCCAAGCAGUAUGCAAGAUAUACUUAUAACAUGUUUGUUGCUGGAGAAAUUAUGGGCCGAAUUCCCCCGUCUGAAUAUACAAUGGAUGAUAUUAAGACAGCUGUCAUUGAUAGAAGAAAACAACAUGAUAUCAAAGAGAAGGAUCUGGAAGACGUGUUUGAAAUUUUGAAGAACAGACACGCUUAUGAUAUGAAUGUGUACUCUGAUGAAGAAUCAAUGGAGGACAAUGAAUACCGUGAGCGGGAUAGUCGACUUCCGCCUCCAGGAACACGUGUUCGAAGAGGACCUAACUGGCAUUAUAAUGAUCAGGACUCAAACGGUCCGGGAACUGUAAUUGGGCAUUGGACUCGAGAUUCCUGGGUUUACGUUGAAUGGGAUACUGGAAUGAAAUAUCCAUAUGAAUAUGACACUGAAAAUGUCGAUUUAGGAGAUAUUGUCAUCACCGAUGAACCUAGGUUAUUGCAAAGAGAAAAUAUUGGAGUUGGAUGUCUUGUUCAGAGAGGUCCUGAUUGGCAAUGGAAAAACCAAGAUGGCGGUCCUGGCAAUAUUGGAACAGUGUAUAGAGUCAAGGAAAACGUUGUUUAUGUACGAUGGAAAAAUGGAAAUAAAAGCAAUUACAGAUUUGGUUAUGACGGCAAAUUUGAUGUUGUUGUCUGUGAUCCAUUUGACGAAAGCAUAGAAACCAGUAUGCCAUGUGUGGUAUUUUCAAAAGGAAAAAAGGGAUAA